ACAUCACUGAAGGCAAUAUAUCCAACUACAUGCUGCUUCCUCUGGAUCCACAACAGGCUUUAUGUGGCUAUUUUUUACAUAUGGGGUAGUUCGCGCCAAGACUUGUCAACACGCCUUGUUGUCUAAAAUUGAGGGAGUUUACCUUUAACUGUCGAAUCUGAAACCAACUUCAGCUACGCUGUGCAGUCUGUUAUGUUAACCACUGUGUGACACUAAGCGGUCACCUGGUUCAGCUAAGGGACGAGACACGGGAGUUUGACGGGGCUGCUAGCUGGCUAAGCUAACGCGUCAGUGGAAUCAAAAUGCUGUCCCGGUUGUUAUACAACCUCCUCAACAACCUCCAUGUGGUCGAGAAGUUGGCAGAGUCGCGUCCGAUUCGCAGGGCGGCCCAGAUCACGGCCUACGCCAUCACUAAGGCUCAGAUAGCCGGCCGGGACGCCUCGGCGCGGGUCAUGCGGUCCCAGACGCUGCGGCAGGUCCGGCAGGAGGCCGGCAAGGUGCCCGAUGACCUGGGAGAGAUGGGCGGCCGCCUCCGGAGGGUCAAAGACACAUUUGUGAACGAGGUGAAAGAAGGAUGGAAGGACGGCUCCAGACAGAUCAAGAAGUAAAGAGGAGAGAGUGGCUGAAGGGUGUGAAGAGACCGGGCUGACAACAUGUCAUGUUUGUUUAACCUCACCUGACUGCCUGACCAUCUACCUGCACCAUGCAUGUCAAGACUGUGGUGGUGAACACAACCAUCACCGAUCAGCUGCUGGUUCUUCAUAAUGUCAACAGGUUCACACUGACCUGCAGUCUGUGGCCAGUUCAUUUUAUAUAAACCGUUAUAUAUUCACUGCAACUCUGUGAAAGAACUGACAGAUGUGUUCUUUCCAUUCAUCCUGUGGUAAACAAGGGGCUAUUUUAGAAAAUGAUGUAGAAUUUUUGGACUGGUGUGAAAGGUUAUGUCUAAUUUUCCAACAGCAGUGUCACAAAAAACCUUUUCUCAUGAGGACAGACUCAGCUGGGUGUUAUUGAUAGCCUCUUCAUCUGAAUCUAUGUUCAAAUAAUGCUGUCUUGAUAAGGAUUGCCUUUUUAUCCAUUUCCCUCAGACAAUGUGCACUCGGAACAUCAACUCCUGCCAAAGAGCUCUUGUGGAUCUGUACAUGAAGUUGUCUUGGUGGACAAUUUUAUUGGUCUUAGUUGUAAAUACAUAGAGAGACGUGGGUGUGUAUGCAAUGAAUUUGCCAUUUUGUUUUGACUGUAUGAAUAAAGAUGAUAAUUUAUAACCACUUUGACCACUA